AUGGAUGAAGUGUGGUGCGGCCUGGACCUGCAGCUGCAGGCGGGCGACAUCGACGGCCUCCACCCUGCUGCACCUGACCUCCAUGGCCAUGACGACCCCUUCUGGCCAGCUCUGGCAGAGUGCGCUGCCAGCUUCCUCGCCGGCGACGACACCGCCUGCUUCGGCGUCGCCGACAUCGACCUCACGCCGGCGGCCUCCGCCAACGCCGCCGCCAGCGCCAGCAAGGCGGCGGAUUAUGGCAUGGACAUGAGCGGCUUCUUCGCCGACGACAACGACGACCACCGCCGCCUGACGACGAUGCGCCAAGACGAGCAGCAGCAGCCAGUGUACUCGUCAUCGUCGCUGUCCUCCAAGCGCUCCCUCUCCAUCGACAGCGGCGGCUCCUCCUCCACCUUCUUCCCGCUCGACGACGCCGCGCCUUUGCCCGCGGCCGCCAUGUUCUCGCCGCCGCACGCCGCGCCGCUGCCGCCGGCGCCGCCCCUGCAACAGCAGCAGGACCCGUUCGCCGGGGACGACGAGGCCAUCAUGCUGGCCAUGAUGGCCGUCCUCUCCUCCGCGUCGCCCUCCUCCUCCGAGUCCUCGUCGCCGCCGCACAGAGCCGCCGCCGCCGUGCACCCGCGCCUGCACUUACACCGCGGGGACAGCGCCAGCCACGUCACGGUCCGGAGCAGCAGCCUCGCCGUGGCGCCGGAGAGGACCACCAGCGCCGCCGCACGGCAGCAGCAGCAGGACAGCAACAAUAGCAGCCAGGUGUACCACAUGAUGUCCGAGAGGAAGAGGCGGGAGAAGCUCAACGACAGCUUCCACACGCUCAGGUCGCUCCUCCCACCCUGUUCCAAGAAGGACAAGACGACGGUGCUGAUGAACGCGGCGAGCUACCUGAAGACGCUGGAGGCGCAGGUGUCGGAGCUGGAGGAGAAGAACACCAAGAUGGAGAGGUACGUCCCCCGCGAGGACGGCGCCACCGGCGGCACCACGGCGGCGCACCGGAGAGCCAAAGUUCAUAUCGCCAGGGUGGCGUCGGACGAGCAGCAGGUGAGCCUGACGGUGAUGGUGAUGGUGGAGUGCGACAUCGUGGACCUGGUGCUGCACGUCCUGGAGCGCCUCCGCUGGAUGAACGGUGUCAGCGUGCUGUCCGUCGACGCCGACACCUACUCGUCGCAGGCGCUGCUCAAGGCGCUCGCCAACAUUAAGCUGCACAUCGUGGACGGCGACUGCUGGAACGAGGCGCUGUUCCACGAGGCCAUGACGAAGGCCGUGCACGACGCGACCUCGUCUUCCUCCUCGCCUGCCUCCUCCGCCGCCGUGGCCCCCCUCGUGGCCGCAGCCUAG